AUGUAUAGCAAUUAUUCACUUGCGAGCAACGACGCAAUGACCCGAGCUUACCUGGUUGGCACAGCCUCACCCAAAAGAUCCAAGAAAAAGCACCAGCAAGCAAGGUAUAGCAAAUCGCCAAAAAGGGCGACCCAUCUCAUCAAUGCUGAUAAUAUUUCAGUACUCGAGUAUAAGAAUGAAUUGUCGACAAUUUCCUCUAAUGGAGAUGAUGACAUGGCUUCAGGCUCGUGGAAUUCACAAGCUCCUAACGAUUUUAUCAAAUUAGCAUACGUAAACGCAAAGCUAGACCCAUCAUUAUCAUCAGAAUAUUUUAAGCAAGACAUUAUAAACAUCCUCCAGAGUUUAGAAAUCCAUGGGUGGUCCAUUAACGAGCCUGGAUCUUCGUUGAACAGAGAUUUAUUAACUUUGACGAAGAUCAAAGGUGCUCUCACAAACGUCAUUUAUAAGAUCCAUUAUCCAAACUUGCCCCCUUUAUUGAUGAGGAUAUUUGGUGACAACGUGGAUUCUGUUAUUGAUAGAGAGUAUGAGUUGAAGAUUAUUUCAAGAUUGUCAUUUUAUAACUUAGGUCCUAAGUUAGAAGGAUAUUUCCAAAAUGGUAGAUUUGAAAAAUAUAUUGAAGGCUCAAGAACAUCAACACAAGCUGACUUUAUAGACCGGGAUACUUCAAUGAAAAUUGCUAGAAAGUUUAAAGAAUUACAUUGUACCAUUCCUCUAACACCUACCGAGAGAUCUGAUGAACCAUCGUGUUGGAAGACUUUUGAUCAAUGGAUCAAGUUGAUAGAUACACAUAAAGAAUGGGUCAGUGAUAAAGAGAGUAUAAUUGAAAAUCUACGUUGUUCGAGUUGGGAAUUUUUUUUAAAGAGUUUUAAAAGUUAUAAACAUUGGUUAUAUAAUGAUUCCACCUUUACAUCGAAACUAUUAAGAGGAGACGAUAAAGAUUGUAUGAUAAAUACUGGCUUAAAGAUGGUAUUCUGUCAUAACGACUUACAGCAUGGAAACCUACUAUUUACCAACAAGGACGGUGACAAGGUCUCGAUGAAUGAUCUAACAAUUAUAGAUUUUGAGUACGCAAGCGCUAACCCCGUUGUUUUUGAUUUAUCAAACCAUUUGAAUGAGUGGAUGCAAGAUUAUAACGAUAUACAUUCGUUCAAAUCACAUGUUGAUAAGUACCCAAAGCAAGAUGAUAUUUUAGUUUUCGCCCAGAAUUAUAUAAACCACAUGAAUGAUGAACAUGUGGAAAUUGAUUCACAAGCUGUUAAGACCCUCUAUAACCUCAUCAUAGAGUGGAGACCUUGUGCACAACUAUUUUGGUGUCUUUGGGCUCUCUUGCAAAGCGGUAAGCUUUCCCCUCAACCACCAAUAAAAGACAAGCAUUUGAUCCACGAAAAAAAAGUACCGUACCGUGAAUCUUGUAUUGUUACAGGUGAUAAUGACGAAGUUAAAGAAGACGGUAGUUACGAUGAUUGCCAAGAUGACUCGUUUAACUAUUUAGGGUUUUGUAAAGAAAAGAUGUCUGUUUUUUGGGGCGACUUAAUUACGAUGGGGAUUAUCAGCAAAGACUGUGCAGAUGUAGGAAAGACUGACUACUUAGAUACAAAGUUUCUGCUUUAG